ACGAAGUGAGUUAAUGUGUGGUGCACGUGUUAAUGUUCUUCUUCUAAAAAGGGUUAAACGAACUUUUAAUUUUUAAAAAAAGGCUUACGAGAGGCCAUUUAGCACUUUUACUAGAACUACCUCGCGCGGGGUAAUUAGUAAGAGUUAGAGCGCAAUCAGUAAGAGAUAGAGAGCAAUCCUUGAUCAAUCCGAGCGCGAGAAGCUUAAUCUAUGAUCACAUGAACAAACUCUUGAAUCUUAUUAUUAUGACUGAAUGCGUCAACUCAAAUGGAGAGGAAAACUUUAUUGUACUAGAUGGAGGUCUUGGAACAGAAUUAACAAGGGCUGGAUUUAAAAUCGAUGAUGAUCCACUUUGGAGUACCAGAACUCUUAUUGAAAAUUCAGAGGCAGUGAAAGCUGUCCAUAAAAGUUUCCUUGAAAGUGGGGCUGACAUUGUGAUAACUGGCACUUAUCAGCUCAGCCUGGAGACACUUCAUCAACAUUGUGAUUUUGAUGAGAAUAAGGCCUUGGAUGUAAUUUACAGUAGCGUAAAAAUUGCACAGGAAGCUUGUCUUGAAGUUAAAAGUAAUAAUUCUGAAUAUAAAAGGAGACUGCUGGUUGCUGGAUCAGUAGGUCCAUAUGGAGCUUGUCAGCAUGAUUGGUCUGAGUACAGUGGGAAUUAUGUUGACAACAUGACAAUCAAGCAACUGAUGGAUUGGCACAGGCCCAGAGUGAAAGCACUGCUUGAAGCUGGAGUUGACAUUCUAGCUCUAGAAACCAUUCCUGCUCAGAAAGAAGCAGAGGCUCUGAUUCAGCUUCUCAAGGAAUUUCCUACAGCAAAAGCUUGGCUGUGCUUUUCAUGUAAGGAUGAAAGGCACACUUGUCACGGAGAACUGUUCUCUGAAGUUGUCACUAAAAUCGUCUGCCAGUCAGCACAAAUUGUUGCUGUUGGUGUGAAUUGUUCUCCUCCACAAUUUGUAAAGUUCUUAUUGCAGAGCAUCCAAGGAAAGGUUGAUCUUCCCCUCAUUGUUUAUCCUAAUGGCUUCGACGGUGGAAAAUUCGUCUGGGACGACGAUGAACAUCAAGUUUUAUCUGGUCAUGUAAUGGAGUGGAUAGCAGCUGGCGCUCGUUGGAUUGGAGGAUGCUGUGGGACGCAGCCGAAGGACAUAGCCAAGAUAAGAAAGAUAGUCGAAAGUAUUGGGUAACCAUCAACAGAUUCGAUUUCAGUCUCGGACUUUAUCAAGGCCCUUCGGGUUUUACGUUAAUUGCUCCCUGCAAAUCUCAGGGACGUGGCGUAAGACGAAUUGCUGACUGGACGCGAAUCACUUCUCUUGUUAGUGUCAAUGGAUUAUUUCAGCCAAUCGGAAACAAGAACAAGUCAGAAAUUUAUAAUGGAGUUCUUUUUUGCUUUUUGAGUGUCGUAAAACCAAAGUAAUCACAACGACCAAUCAGAGGGAAGGAAAAUACCUUCAAAGAGCUUAAAGUUUUGCAUCUGAUUGGUUGAGAGUGGAGUUUCCUAGACCAAUCACAGAGCGAAGUAAAGCAAAAAGAAAAUUAAUCCUGGAUUACUUUUGACACUCAAUAUUGAAAACUACCCAAAACCUGCCUUAAUGUAAUCGUGUUGAACAACUCAGGUGUCCAAUACACUUCGCCACUUCUCCUUUCAGAACAAAGUAAGGCUGACACAACUGAAAAUUCCGAUAAUUGUUUUAUUUGCGA